AUGGCCACAGAUUCUACAUUGGACGACUCGGAUGGAGAAUAUCAAUUGAGUAGCGAUGUAUUGGCAAUGGUCGCGGAAAUCCAGGCAAAAGGAGCUGUUGUAACUGAUGAAAACGAGAACACUGCUAACUCAAAGUCUGAAAUAUGGAGUGUAAGUUGUUUUAUAAGUAUUGUUUAAUGUUUAGGUUACUUUAUGACAUUGAGUUUGGAGGAUUUCGUUAUUGAAUAUAUUGGUUUGUAGAUUGUGAUGAAGUUUUGAUGAUUACUGAAAUACUAGUCGAGGGUUUUUUAUAAAACUUUCUGAAAAGUUGUUCAAGACAUUAGUCUUGCAAAAAUAUAUUAGUUUGUUUGCUUUACUCAAUUUAGGGUUAUGAAAAUAUUACACUUGAUUAGCUACUAAUUCUCAUUGUUUUCGAUGUAAAAGUUGAAGUUGUGUAUUUAGAUGAGUCAAUUUUGGUACACGAAGGAAACGUCUGAUAAACUAUGCGAAGAGAUUGUUGAAUUGACCAAAACUUUUGAUGGACCAGUAAGAGUGGCAUUCUUAUCUUGUCCAACGAUAUUCGAAGCUAUGGAGAAGAAAGAGGUAUUUCUUUGAUUUUUUUCUUAAAUUUUUAGGUGAAUAUUGAUGUUAAAAGUUUGAAAAUACUUUUGACUACACUGUAGUUAAAGCAUUUAGUUUAUAUUAUCAAAAAUGUUAUUUCCUUUGAUUAUCACGAUAUUUUCUUAUUCUGCUUUCGUUCCAGGACAAACCAUCAAACCUACACACUCACCUGUACGAAUAUGAUACUAGAUUUGGUGAAACGACUUCAAAUUUUACGUUUUACGACUACAAUGAUCCGUUGGAAGUGCCGGCCGAGUUCUCGAAUAUCUAUGAUAUUGUUGUUGUUGAUCCUCCGCACUUGUCGGAUGAAUGCGCUGUGAAAUUUGCUCAAACGAUACGAGUGUUGGCCAAGGACAAGAAUACACCAUUGAUUUAUUGUACGGCUGCUAAAAUGGAGGAUAUUGUAAGUUAAAAGGAUUUAUGUCUUUAACGUUAUCUAUGAGAUGAUCAUACUGUUUUGGUGGUUUAAAGGUGUUUUUAAGUUUAAAAGUAGGUAUUGGGUUUUAAAAUGGACAAAUUUAUAUUUUGCAGGGUUUAAGUGCUGAUAUCAGUAUUAAGGGUCAGGCCUCAGGGGCCAGUAAAUCAUAAUAUACCUUUAAUAGUGUUAUACGUAACAUUGAUAUGUUUGUACAGUUAAACAUCAUUAUUAUAUUACUGUUUCAGAUAAAACAGCUGUUCAAUGCUAGAAUGACAGACUUUCAUCCGGAACAUACCUCAAAAUUAGGUAACAUAUUUUGUUGUUACACCAACUACGAACCAAAGACUUUCAAAUGGGCUGGUGAGUAA